CAUGAAAUCAUGAACAGUGGUGGGGGCAACUCUCAUAAAUGCUCGAAGCUUGGCUGCUAUAUGUGCAAACGAAGAAAUCGUGAGCUCGACAUUCUGUUGUGUUCUGUUGUGUUUUCCAGAAGAAAACUCGGCAGCGUAUAUUUAAGAUCGAUUUAUAAACUUUCAACACAGCAAUGUGGAGAAUACUAUUGACACUGGCUGUGUCCAGCUUUUCUUUGGUUGUAUCAGCCCCCCAAAACGAUGGUGGAUUGGAUUCCUUGAUAGCGAGCCUAUCUGGGACAAAUUCUUCAACUCAGACCCCUAUGGUGGACGAUGAGUUGAAUGCUUUAAUAUCGAACGUAUUUACCCAACCAACCAACCAACCAAUUUCCACUACAGCGGCGACUAUUUUGGGUACAGAUAACAAGAAACAACCACAGGAAGACUGUACAUGCGUGACGUAUUAUCUAUGUCGAAACGGCACCAUUUCAGACGACGGAGAAACAAUCAUUGAUAUCAGGUCCGGUUUCAAUGAUGAGACUAGCUACGUGGGAACCUCAUUGGGUAAGUGCGCGGACUACAUGGAAGUCUGUUGUAAGCCACCAGACAGGACCAACGAAGUAAUUACGCCCCCGCCAAUCGAGAGAAAAGGUUGCGGGCAAAGACACCCGAACGGCGUUGGUUUCAGAAUUACCGGCGCCGUCGAUAAUGAAGCGCAAUUUGGCGAGUUCCCGUGGAUGGUGGCUAUAUUGAAGGAAGAAAUGAUCGGAAAUGAGAAAGUAAACCUUUAUCAAUGCGGAGGUUCCUUGAUUCACAAGCUGGCUGUUUUAACAGCCGCCCACUGUGUGCAAGGAAGACAACCAUCUGAGUUGAAAAUUCGUGCUGGAGAAUGGGACACGCAAACUAAGGACGAAAUAUAUCCUCAUCAAGAUCGUAAAGUAGAAAAAGUAAUCGUUCACGAAAAUUAUAAAUCCGGCACUCUAUUUAAUGAUUUCGCCAUUUUGAUCUUGUCUGAGCCGGUGAAUCUCGUGGACAACGUGGAUCUCGUUUGCCUGCCAGAACGAAAUGCUGUGUUCGAUAAUUCUCGAUGUUUCGCUAGUGGCUGGGGAAGAGACAUUUUUGGUAAGGAAGGACACUACCAGGUAAUCUUGAAGAAAGUAGAAUUGCCGAUAGUGUCUCGUAAAGAAUGUCAGGACAAGCUUCGAGAAACUAGACUAGGAAAAUACUUCCGUCUUCACGAAACCUUUAUAUGCGCUGGUGGAGAAGCUGGGAAAGAUACUUGCAAAGGUGAUGGAGGAGGUCCUCUUGUAUGCCCCAUGAAGAGUAAUCCUGGUACGUAUUUACAAGCAGGUAUUGUAGCAUGGGGAAUCGGUUGCGCGGAAGGUGGAACUCCAGGUGUUUAUGCCAAUGUUGCCUUAGCGCGUGAUUGGAUCGAUGAACAAAUGGCUUUUAACAACUUGGAUAAUACUGUUUACCAACCUCAAGCAUAGACUGACUGAUUUUUGCAAAUCUUUUUAUAAGUUUGUAUACAUAGCAAUCAAUGUCGUUUUUCCAUGGAAAGACUGCUGUAUUCUUCGGGUACUAUUUUUUUAAUAAUAAUGUACGUGAGAUCCGUUAGUGGAUUUUUUUUCAGAAAAAUAUUCCCUCGAAGCUUAGAUACUUUUUUACAAUUCUAAAUAGCUCUGGCAUUACUUUCUUGGUUAGAUUUUUCCUCUUUCCCUUUGUAUUGUAAAAUUAAAUGUGCAAAAUAAACGUGGAAAAUAAACGUGAAAAGUAAACGUAAAUACCUAACGGGAAA